AUGGCUUUGCCGGACAUUCCACUCUCACCCCCGCCUACGGUAAUUGACGAUACACACAAGCACUACGAUGUCGCGACCGCGGUGCUUGUUUUGAUGAUAGUUGCGACGGGCUUCACCGUUGCGCGCUUCUAUUUGCGAUGGAAAUCACAUACGUUUGGCUGGGAUGACUGGAUCAUGAUACCGGCAGUGCUAUUGUACAUUGGCCAUAGCAUCAUGAUAGCGUACUGCAACCUUCAUGGGGGCACAGGCAAGCCGCUAUGGGAGAUUACGUUGGGAGAGUACUCGAUCUGGUUUCAGGGCGUAGUUGGGACUGCAUUUCUCUACCCAGCCAUGACUGCGUGCAUCCGUAUCUCGAUUCUCCUUUUCUACCGACGUAUAUUUGGCCAAGCAGAGGCCGUAGUACGCCUGUCCAUUUGGGCUAUGAUCGUGUUGAACUGCGCAUUCAUCGUAACAUUCGAGAUCAUGCCGGCCUUUAUCUGUACACCAAUGUCGGCUGGCUGGCGCAAUCCGUUGACUCGGAAGUUACACUGUAGGCAAGACGAGUUCUACUACCUGUACAACAUUGGCCUCUACAGCAGCGGACUUGGGAUGGAUAUCAUACUGCUACUCAUGCCCGUCUAUCCGGUCAUGAGGCUACAGAUGUCGCUCAAGCGCAAACUGGGCGCUCUGAUCAUGUUCAUGCUUGGUGCUUCAGCUUGUAUUGCCGCUUCGUAUAAACUCGCGAUUUACGUAACGCAAUGGGGGCGAACAGGUACGAUCGAUCCAAAGUGGUGGCACACUCAAAUGAGUCGCGCCAUACCUCCCCAGUGGGACAAGUACGGCUACACUUUCUGGAUACCCACACACGUCGAGCCCACGGUUGCUAUUAUCGGCUCAUCGCUCCCCGCACUGCGAAAUUGUCUCCAGAUACCGUUCCAGAAAUUGUCGUCGGCUAUCUCGGAAAGCAAGGCGUCGGGUUACAGUUCGCGCGCCAGGAGAGAUGAUACAGAUGGCAAAUCGUCGCAGAGCAAAUACACAAAGAUGCGAGGCGGAUCGGCAGCUCCAUCACAGAAGCAUGUCGAGCUUACACCCGUACGCUCGGUGAAACCGGCGUGA